AAUUGUUAUUGAAACGCUCUUAUUUCAUAAACCGGACGGUUCAGAAACAAAAUCCACAACCGGAGAGCCUCUCCGAUCCGAGCCUUCCCGGUUUGUUAGAACCAGGAUUUACUUACCGGACCGGGUCUGAAACUAUUGGUUAAGAAACAAAACUUCUGACCCCAACCUCCAUUCACGGCGUUUGUUCUUCUUCCUCGCUUCUACACUACGCCGCCGCCUUCACGUCUUCUUCACUUGCUCUCCUCUUGAAUCACUAACACUUUCGAGGCUUUGUUUCGCUUCUCUCUACUCCAAGAGUACCAGACGCAUUACAUUUGAUACAAGGGUCCUUUUCUGGGAAUGGAAACUACUCAAAGAGAUGAGCUUUCAAGCUUUUUAAAUGUUCUUCCUCCUGUGGACUUCUGUUGUGUCUAUGGUUCGACAUUGCACCCAAAUAACCAAGAUAAGUCUAAAAUGGUAGACUAUAUACUUGGAGUCUCUGAUCCUAUGAAAUGGCACUCUGAGAAUCUGAAAAUGAAUUCAGAUCAUUAUGCUUCAUGGAUGGUUCACCUUGGUGGAGCUAGGCUGAUAACGAACGUUGCUGAUAAAGUUGGAGUUGGAGUUCACUUCAAUCCAUUUGUCAAUUGGAACGACAGAAAACUCAAGUAUGGGGUUGUUCGGAUGCACGACCUUGUACAGGACAUACUGGACUGGAAUAGAUUCUACUUGAGUGGCCGUUUACAGAAACCGGUUCAUUUGCUUGUUGAUAAUCUGGACAUAGAAGGUGUGAAUUCUGUUAAUAAGAGAGCUGCAAUAUCUGCAGCUCUUCUUCUCUUGCCACCAAAAUUCACCGAGGAAGAUCUCUACGCCAAAAUAUGCAGCCUUUCCUACAUGGGAGACUUGCGAAUGUUUUUUGCAGAGGACACUAAUAAGGUAAACAAGAUUGUAAAGGGACAAUCUGAUCUCUUCCAGUCAAUGUAUAAGCCUUUUCUUGAAGAGUGCGAGACCAAAAACUUAAUGAGAUCCUCAUCGGCUGAAGCUAGUCACACUAAAUUAGUUCAGGAUUCUAGCCUUUCAGCAACACGUUCGCUGGUCUCUUCUCUCCCUGCAUCAGUGAGAAGCCAAAUGGGGAAGUCACUAGGGGAGAAGAAAAUCGUGAGUGAGACAGGUAGAGUUACAGGAGAAGUGUGUAUAGGGUCAAGAGAAGAAGCUGCGAAAUGUAUGGAGAAAGUAAUGAGGCGAAGGGUAAUGGUUUCAAGCGCAAGACAAGCGGUGUCUGGUUUCAUGGCUGCUGGAGCUAUUAAUGCAACUAUGUAUCUUUCACAAAAGAUGCGCAAAGCUUGGAAUUCUCGGACAUGACUUUGCCAAAAACUCCCCACACGAAGAUGUAGACUGAACAAGUUGAGGAAAGUUUAGAUAUUUUAUCUCCAAUAGUUGAUGACUAGUUUUCCCUUUUUGUCUCUCUAAUAAGUAACAAAUCCCAAGGAAGUAGUUUUGUCUUCUGAUAUCAUAGAUGAUAUAGAACAACAAUAGGAACAAGGCCCACCUAUAUAGGUACAUGUUAGUACAUUUGGGCUUAGGUCAAUGAGAGCCUAUUCUCUUUCUGUCUCACCAACAGUCUUUUGUGAUAUUGUUGCAUGAGAUAUCAAAAAAUGUUUUUCUUAAAA